ACAUGCCGGACCCAGGAAUUAGUAGGAAAUGAUAUGGAUAUGCUUUCUCCGGAGUAUCGCUUACUGUCAAUGAUAAAUUUAAAGUAUUGUGAUAUAUGAAGUUGUAUGAAUAGAAAUAAGGACGAAUAGCUGGAGAGAACAGGAGAGAGAGAAAAACCAAAGGAAUGGAGCAAGAACAUGAAAUAAGAAAGGACAGAAAGAUGUCAUUACCUCUGCUAACCACGAGAUACCGUAACACAACCAGAUCAUAGAGGGAUUAGUGGCGACUGGACUAACGAAACUCCGGAUUGGUGGCGACUGGACUAACGAAACUCCGGAUUGGUGGCGACAGGACUUACGAAACUCCGGAUUGGUGGCGACUGGACUAGCGAAACUCCGGAUUGGUGGCGACUGGACUAACGAAACUCCGGAUUGGUGGUGACUGGACUAACGAAAUUCCGGAUCAGUGAUUAACAAGAUGAUAGAGCCCCCGCUAUACUCGCCCCACCCCGCGGGCACAGCUGUAGUCACAACGACCGAGGACAUACAUGUACCCUCUCCCCCUCCGACCCCUCCCCCGGACUACCAGUCAGUUGUCAUGCAAGAUGAACCUGUUGGUCUACCAUUCUCCCAAGAACGUCGAGAGGAACAUAAUGGAGGCAUACAGGUGGUGGCGACCAUUGAUAUUCUUCCACCCUUACCGGAGUACCAGCGUGAACCUGGGUCAGAAUCGCCUCCGUCAUACGAGUCCCUGUUCGGCCGUGUAAAGGCUGCCCAGCAGUCGUCCAGCUCCACUUUCGUUUUCUGCAGUUCAUUGUGUAAAGUGAUUCUUAGCUCAGCCUUCUGUAUGAUUGUUCUGGCUGUCCUCUCCGCACUACCAAUCGCAGAAAUAGUCAUAGGUUCGAUGUACAUGGACGAAUGUCCCGUGGCUAAAUAUGUACCUGUGUAUUUGGUUGUAAUCGGAGCUGUAUGUCUUGUUAAGUUUCUAUCCAUCGUCUGUCAGAACAUCCAUGACCGGCAGAAUGAGGAUCAACGCAACAGCCAGACCAACGGGUUUGACCAAAUCCUCAACAUCUUCCUCUUGGUGUGGUUUAUACUUGGUAACCGCUGGGUAUACGGGGCACAUACUGUGUGGGUGUCAGACCCUGCCUCGGCGCUCUACUGUCACCCAACAUUGUACUACUUCGCCUAUUGGAGCAUCACCUCGUUUUACAUAUUCUGUGGCGCAGCGUGCUUGGGUAUGUGUGUUAUGACGUGUAUAUGUGGAAACAAUAGGGCGCAGAGGUAACCCUCAUUGGACUGAAGGACACAUGCUUAAGUGACGGACAUGUACCUGUCUCAAUUCAAAGAUGGAUGAAAACUCACCUCGCAGGACAAAAUGACAAUACACCUGCCUCAUUAAGCAGGCGACAUUGACUUGGACUCCGUCUGCCCUGUGUUAUGUAAAAUCUGUGAUAUCGUUACAUUCUAAGCAGUAUUGGUGCAUAUUACUUCAUAGGACACGUGACCAUACUCUCCAUCUACACAAAUACAAGUGUAGAACAACAUGAAUUGUGACCUGUGGCAGAGCGACGUUGAUGCUUAAGACUAUAAACGAUUCUUUAACAUUGAUGGGCUUCCAUUCCCGUUCCACGUGCUUCCAUUCCUGUUCCACGUGCCUCCAUUCCCGUUCCACGUGCUUCCAUUCCCGUUCCACGUGCCUCCAUUCCGAUUAUACAUUCUACAAUUCCGGUACCACGUGAGUUUCUAUUCCCGUUCCACGUGUUUCCAUUCAGAUACACGUGCUUCGAUCCCCGUUCCACGUUCAUUUAUUCCGUUUUACGUGCUUCUAUUCCAGUUCCACGUUCUUCCAUUCCCGUAUCACGUGCUCCUUUAUUCAGUUAGACGUUAUUAAUACAUUGUGUCCGUUUUAUCCACGGAAUUAUAGCCUCACCAACGCGUGAAUCAAAACGACCAUCCUGUUUACAUAAAAUCCUAUAUCAGAAAGUCUUGUUCAUUAAUUUCGUGUAUGAUAUUGAUAUUGAAAGUGGGAUUUAAGAUGGAGGGAUGAGGGUGCAAAUAUCAUCAACGUUGAGUUGGUUCAGUGUUUGUUUUCCUCGAAUCUUCCAUUCUAAGUUGGGUAUUGAUUUAUUAGAAUGUAUCAUGUAACGUUAUUGUUUUACAUGCGUGGUUUAUUAUUUAUAUAAACAUGGACACUCCAACACGGACACCGUCCAACAAAUUAAAGGAUCUGCCGAUUAGAUAAUAUAUGUGUCAAGUCCUCGGGCCGAUCCGUGUAUACAAAUUAUGACCUCUGUAACAUAUACAAUGUCACGUGAUGUAAAUUUAGGAAUAGUUGCUAUAUAACUGAAGUUUAAAUACGUGUUUUUAUUAAUAGAGUACGGCGUGAAGAUGUUUUUAAACAUUGCAGCUUGUACAUAUUUUUUGAUUUUGACAAUAUUUUAUAUAUAAAGUAGGUGUAUUAUAUUUUUUUAGCUCGUCUCUUCGGAUAAGAGUGAGUGCUUAUGUUGUCACUCCGGCGUCGGUUUUUGAAAUGUUAAGUUGUUGGUACAAGUGUUGAAAGGCAUAGUAAUGUAUGGUAAUAUGGUUCCUCUGGGGGUUAAACUAUCACCUGACGGAGUUAAACUAAAAGAUUUCUUUGGGGAAAAAACUGAUUUUUGAAAUUUUUUGCGUUAAGUGUUUGGUUCAAGUGUUGAAAAGUAUUGGUACAUCACUUUAUAAUUUUACUAGGGUGCUGAUAUUUGGCAAUAGAGUCCAACUAGAGUUAAACUAUUUCCUGCUGGAGUUAAACUUAAAGAUUUUGUUGAAAAAACCCAGAUUUUUCAAAUUUUUGGACUUAGAAUAUUUAUGCGAUAAGUUUUUGGUGCAAGUGUUAAAAGCUUUUAAUACAUCACUUUAUACUUGUACUAGGGUGCUGAUAUUUGGCAAUAGAGUCCCCCUGGAGUUACACUUUCCCUUCUUGGAGUAAAACU